AUGAGCGCAUCCGCCUCGGGGGCCGACGCCUCGUCGGGCGCGGCGCGCGCCCGGGAGCACAACCAGGGCAACCAGGAGCGCAAGUACACGGUGGAGCAGAAGCAGGCGGUGCUGCGGAUCCGGCGGUGCAAGGCGACGGCCUUCUACGACAUCCUGGGGCUGGAGGAGGUCAAGAAGACGUGCACCGACGCCGAGAUCAAGAAGGCGUACCGCAAGCAGUCGCUGCUGACGCACCCGGACAAGAACGGCCACGAGCACGCCGACGAGGCCUUCAAGAUGGUGGCGCGCGCGUUCAGCGUCUUGGGCGACAAGGAGAAGAGGGACAAGUUCGACCGCUUCGGCACGGAUCCCGAUAGCAGGUUCGCGAGCGCGCAGCAGCAGAAUCCGUUCAGUGGCUUCGCGGCGAGGAAUGCGGGCGGCGGCGGAGGAGGGGGUGGAGGGGGUAUGGGAGGGGGCAUGUGGGAUGAUGAUGGAUUGAGUCCCGAGGAGAUGUUCCAGAGGUUCUUUGGCGGCGGCGGCGGUCCUUUUGGAGGUUUCGAUACAGGCCCCCAGUUCGUCUUUAACUUCGGCGGCGGCCCGGGCAUCCGAGUUCACCAGUUCGGCGGCGGCCGGCCCAGGAGACGGCCGCGUGAGGGAGAGCAGCAGGAUUCGAGCCUUACCAGCACGCUUUUUGGACUAUUGCCCAUCCUCAUCCUCUUCAUCUUCCCGCUGCUGUCGUCCCUGUUUUCAGGCGGCACAACUGACGCCGCCGGUCCACGGAUGGUCUUUGACAUGCCGGAAGGGAAAUACACGCAAGAACGUGAGACUUACAGCGUGAAAGUGAAAUACUAUGUGGAUCCCAAGGACAUCCAGUCAUAUUCAGCAUACAAGCUCACUCAAUUAGACAAGACGGCAGAGGUGGUUCUCGUGCGGCACUUGCGGGCGGAGUGUGAGAAUGAGAUCUCGCACAAGCAGCGUCUCUACCAGGAGGCACAGGGCUGGUUUUACCAGGACGCAGAGAAGAUGGAUCUGGCAAAUUCAUUCCAGACGCCGUCGUGUAGGAGGCUUGAGAAGAUGGGUGUUAGGAUCGAUAGAUGA